AUGUCUCUUUCUGGUACCUGGGCACUUGCUCCCGAAUUCUCAUGCGAAGACACGAGCGACAUUGCCCUCGGCAAUGUCAUUGCAGAUCCUUGCGCGCCGGGCGCCCCCCUCCAGCGGGUCAAGCCCGAAGACCUGACCAACUUUCCCACUGUGGAAUCCGAAGAUGCUGAAGGUGCCUAUCGGAUCGAGUCCGCUGACGGAUCGCCGCUGUCCUUGGGUAUCGGAGCCACAAUUGUCCAUGCCAUGACGUUCGCAGUGCGGCACCAAAGACCUGCCAGCGCCUUCGCGAGCCAUCGCGCGGUGGGCGUCCGGACGCGGAAGCUCGCUCCCAAUUUUCCCUGGAAUGAACUUCACCCGUUUCUCGAACGAAAGUCAAUCCUUGCCUACCUAAUCUCUGGCAGGCCGCUGUACGUUGUGUCCGGUAUCAUGAUCGCGACGAAAUUCCUUCGGCACACCGUUCGGGAUCCGCCCCGGACGGAUCUUGGAAUCGGAUUUGGCGACAUUUCCUCCUCCGUGCAUCUCACGGGCAGUAGGGGAACCUCUAGCCCCGAGAUCGGGAACGUCAACGCCGGCCUCAACAAUAUUCUCUUUGCGUAUCGACUGCACAAGGUUACUCUUGGCUCCGGGCCCCAGGAACCGCAGAUCCAAGCGCAACUCCAUUGUCCACCAGCAGCGUUCGUGUCUGUUCAUCACGACAGGACCGACAAUGGUGAGGGGGGGAGGAAAAGGAAGGAGAGACUGGAAGCCCUGAUGGAGGUGAUGGAGGUGGUGCCAUUUGUUUCGAGAUGA